AGAUGGAGAGUGUAUAUAAAUCAACGAAAACGAAAACUUUAAAGAGAUUGUUGAACAAAUUUUCAUUCCAGAAUGAAAUAAUUUGUAAGAAAUAUCAACAUUUAAAAUAACAAGAACUGAAAAGUUGAACGAAGUUAUCACAAAAUGGCUUACAAUCCUUUAAGCGAAGCUGAAAAAACUUUUAUCCUUCAUGGUGUGCAGGAUGACUUUCGAAAUGAUGGGAGAAGUAGACGAGAUUAUAGACCCAUGGAGUUUGAGACAAAUGUCAUCACUAGUGCCAGUGGUUCAACAAGAUUUUGCCUUGCCAAUUCAGAUAUCAUAGUUGGAAUUAAACCGGAAAUUGAUGUUCCUCUUUCAAACAGACCAAAUGAAGGGAAAAUUGAUUUUUUUGUUGAUUGCUCGGCUAAUGCAUUAUUAGAUUUUGAAGGACGAGGUGGUGAAGAGCUUGCUCUUGAGAUAUCCAACUGCUUAAGACUUGCUUAUUCUGCAGCAGAAUCUUUUGAUCUGAAGGCACUUUGCAUACUUCCAAAGCAUCAAUGUUGGAAAUUAUUCGUUGACAUUUUAAUAUUACAAUGUUCUGGUAACUUAUACGAUGCCAUUUCAUUUGCUGUCAAGUGUGCACUUUUCAAUACACGCAUUCCUCGAGUGAGUAGUGCUUUGCUGGAUGGCGGAAAUGUUGAUUUGACUUUAUCAGAUGAUCCUCUUGAUUGCGAUCGUUUGAAUGUGGAGUCAGCUCCUCUUUUGGUAACAACCUGUAGGAUUGGUGAUCAAUGUGUUGUGGACCCAUCAACAGAAGAAGAAAUUUGUAGCACAGGAAGCAUAGUAAUAGGAGUUUCUCAAGAUAAAGUAACUUUACUUAAAACCAUCUCGGGCUCGUUCCACCCUGAAACUUUAGAGAAUUCAAUCGAUUUAGCAGUAAACACAGCUUUGAAAAUAAACACAAAACUUUUAUCUGCAUUAAAAGAAGAAGAGAAAAAAAUCGGACCAUCGAUCAGGCAUCAUAAAUCUUCAUUUCUUAUGUAGUCUUACAAGUUUAUUGAAUAAUUUAAAUUCCUUGUUGAUUAUAUCUGAAUUGAUUUGUUUCAUAAUAAAAUUUCACAAAAUUCAA